AAAUUAUAAAGGUUUAAUUAAAAUAGAAAUAAAACACAGACACGUAAUUUAAAAUUGAAUAAAACUAUACGCAUCUACAGAUAUACUUUCUUUACAAAGUUACAUUAACAAAAAUGCAAUUCGAAAACUGAAAGGAAGUGGAAGCAUGACCAACAAGCGCUCAAAAGUCAAAAGACAAAUACAAGGACUAAAAAUUUGGGAAGCACAGCAAAGGAUUGACUUUAUUUAAAUGCAAUAACAAUGCAUUAAUCAUGCUAUUAAUGAGUGAAAGAUACAACGAACAUGUGUGACUAAUCUGAAAGUAAAAUGAGAUCCAAAAGCGGUUAUAAUUUAUGAUUUCCGCCAUUCAAAUGGAAAUAAGUGGUCACGUUGCCAAUUUACCCAGCUCAAGUUCCUUCACGCAAAUCAUAAAUUCUAUACAUUGGAAAUCAGAGCCCAGAUUCAAAGAUCGUCCAGAAAUGGAAACUCAUUUAAACCUAACAUUGUAUCAAGCACCCCUGUGGGCUUUACGUGCUGCGCAUUCAUUGUCAACAGGUGAAGUAGAACUAUAAAACGCACAGCCUGCCUAAGGUUAUUGCACGCGUGAACAAUUCUAGAUUACUCUUACCUAUAUUCCUUGUCAACGCGCCAUGACCAGAAACAGGGUUACUCUUGCAUAUCUCUCCAACGACGCUGCAAGGAAAACAACAUAUAAGAAAAGGAAGAAGGGUCUUGCCAAGAAGGUGAGCGAGCUAACCACUCUUUGUGGGAUCGAAGCAUGUGCUGUUGUUUUCAGCUCCUAUGAACCUAAACCACAGGUGUGGCCAGAUUCAAAAGGAGCUCAACAGGUAAUCGCAAGGUUUCAGGAUACACUUGCGCUGGAUGAAAGAAAGAAUUUGAACCAAGAGAGUUUUACUAGGCAAACGAUUGCCAAAGUUAGCGUCCAGCUCAAGAAGCAAUGUAAGGAGAAUCGUGAGAAGGUGAUGGAGCUAGCUUUGUUCCAGUGUGUUGAAGGGGAAAGUCUGGAUGACAAGACGAUAGUGGAUCUUGAUGACAUUGAUUGCCUGAUCCAGAAGAACAUAAACAACAUCAGAAACAAGAUGGAUGAGUUUGUUUGAAGCUAUUUUCCUUACGUUAGGACUUAAUGUUAUUUACUAGUUAAACAGAUUCACCGCCUGAUAAAUGUAGAAUCUUGUUUUUGGGCAUUUCAUGUCCUAAAUCCCAUUUGAAUUGUGAAA